AUGGACGAAUGUAGAAAAGAAAAACCUGAAGCUGAUAUUGAAAAGAUUUUUAAAAAAUAUUUAGAAUCGAGAAGGUUGUUACAAACGCGUUGGGAGCAUAUAGUAGAUACUGUUAUGACAAAUCCAAAUAGGUCAUUGGAUCUGAAAUCUGUCAAAAAAGCAUUUGACUACGAUUAUACGAAUGCGAGCUGUAUGGGGAAAUCACGACUAUUGAAGGAGAUUGGAAAUAAAGUUUUUGUGGUGUAUUCAUGCUUUCGAGUGUUUUAUUAUGCUGAUGACAUUUUACAAAAAACAACGUUCGUCUUCAAUGGACAGCAUUAUUAUGUGCAUGUUUUCAAAUUAAGCGAAACUCAUAUGAAAUAUGAAAAAUAUUGUAUGCAACACCAGUUGUUUGAAACGCAAAAAAUUAUCAAAGAUAAUGCCUACACCAUUUUUUGCCCUCUGGAGGAAUCUUGCAAGAAAUUUGCUACCACCAGAAGAAAAACCGAUAGUUUACUAUUAUUGGCUUCGGAUCACUUUACAGUCUCUUCUGAGGUGCAAGAUGGACAGUAUAUUCUUAGCAGUCAUAAGUUGUAUCCUCCAUAUUAUCUCCUUGGCACAUUCGAUACUGUAGCUACAUUAGAGCCAAGCAAUUUACAUGAAACCGCAAAAUACGAUUAUUUUUUCCGUUUUGGUAGACCUUUAUGGUACGCCCAAUUUUCGUCAGCUAGUGAUCCUGAUUAUCCUAAUCGGUUGGUCAAUCUAGUAAUGGUCAAACUAGGGUCCGAGUUGGCAACAACCUUAGUUUCGAAUUAUACAUCAUCAUCGUCCGAACCACUUUUGUCUAUAGCCGCAACAGCAAUAAUGAAUCAUGAGUACAUUAGAAUUCAUGAUAUUCUUAACCAUUUUAUCCAGGGAUUAUUCAAAGAAUCCAAAACAGAUAUCUAUCGCACUUUUUGGGUUAAUUAA